CCUCUGAGCUACUUUGAGGAUGUGACAACAGCUGUGUCAGAGACCAGAGACAGAGUACAGGACAUUGUCAGACACAAAUGGACAAACAUCUCACUGAGAGUGACUGAAGUGGAUGUUUUACUGUCACCAACACAAACAGAGCCAAAGACCAGAGCUGGAUUCUUAAGAUCUUCACGUGAAUUAACACUGGAUCCAAAAACAGUGCACCGAAAUGUGGUAUUAUGGGAAGGUAAUAGAAAAGCAAAAUCAACUGAACAACAACAGUCUUAUUCUGGUCAUCCAGACAGAUUCACUAAAUGGUAUCAGGUCCUGAGUAGAGAAGGUCUGACUGGGCGUUGUUACUGGGAGGUAGAUUGGAGAGGGGGAGACAUUGAUAUAGCAGUCUCAUACAAGGAUGUCACCAGAUUAAGGACAUCAUUUGGAUAUAAUAAUCAAUCUUGGGCACUACGCUGUGACAUAGAUGGUUAUGAAUUUUGGCACAAUAAAGUUCGAACUCUUGUCUUUGGUCAUGUUUCUUUCAGAGUAGGAGUGUACCUGGAUCACAGAGCAGGUAUUCUGUCUUUCUACAGCGUCUCUGAAACCAUGACUCUCCUCCACAGAGUCCAGACCACAUUCACUCAGCCGCUCUAUGCUGGACUUUUACUUUUUGAAGGAACCACUGCAGAAUUUAUUAAAAUGUAA